AUGGAAAACAUGUCAGAGGAAACCCACGGCGAAAUGACGGAUCCACAGCACGUCCACCUAAGGUAAGGAGAAAAAAACGGUUCAAGGGGUCCCUGUGUGAAGGUGUUUCUAUAAAACCGCGCCUCAACCUUUUUCUUUCUGCUCCUUUUCAUUCACAUGAAAAUUUUUCCUUGUUUGUAUUGAAUGUGUCAUAUACUAACAGACUGAAAUAAAGUAUGUACACAGCGCCCUAACUUUAUUGAAAUGAAGUCAUGUGUUUGGAGGUUAAGGCUCUGUUUGUGUAGAUACCAACAGUUUGGGUCGGGUCAGAACUGCUGACAUUCAUACAGCUCAUUCAGACGACUCAGAGAAUGAGAGUAUUUGGAAUUUUCCAAUAUUUAUCAUGUCUCAGAUUUGUGCACAUCAGUUUGUGAAUGACAGAUAUUGUACAGAAAGACUUAGCUUUCAGACCCUUUACAACAAGAUCUUCAGUGCUUCUCAUCUUUUUCUUUUAGCUUCCCAUCUGAAAGCUCUGUGGAGGAAAUGGCUCAAGACAGACCAGAUCAAGAUGAGACAGAGAAAACGGAGAUUGAUAACAGCAUCAUACAGAGACUUCAAGACAGACCAGAUCAAGAUGAGACAGAGAAAAAGGAGAUUGAUAACCGAAUCAUACAGAGACUUCAAUCUGGCUGGAUAGGCACUCUUCAUGUCGUUUUCCUGGUGCUGCUUUUAGUCCUAAUCACUGUCAUUGUUGGCCUGAGCAUCAAUGUUAAGCAGUUACAGAAAGAAAGGAGUCAGCUGAGACAGCUUCUAGAAUCAACACACAUGGGACUGAACCACACCAUGGAAGUAAAUCAAAAAGUGAGCCAGAGUCUGAACUUCACCGUGGAAGAAAAUCAAAAACUGAGGCUGAGUCUGAACUACACCAUGGAAGAGAAUCUGAACCUGAGCCUGAGUCUGAACAACACCAUGGAAGAAAAUCAGAAAUUGAGCAGAAGACUAAACUACACCAUGGAAGAUAAUCAGAAAUUGAGCCUGAGUCUGAACUACACCAUGGAAGAUAAUCUGAAACUGAGCCGAAGACUCAACCACACCAAGGAAGAAAAUCAAAAACUGAGCCUGAGUCUGAGCUACUCCAUGGAAGAAAAUCAGAGACUGAGCCGAAGACUAAACCACACCAUGGAAGUAAAUCAAAAAGUGAGCCAGAGUCUGAACUUCACCGUGGAAGAAAAUCAAAAACUGAGGCUGAGUCUGAACUACACCAUGGAGGAGAAUCUGAACCUGAGCCUGAGUCUGAACAACACCAUGGAAGAAAAUCAGAAAUUGAGCAGAAGACUAAACUACACCAUGGAAGAGAAUCUGAAUCUGAGCCAAAGAUUAAACCACACCAAGGAAGAAAAUCAAAAACUGAGGCUGAGUCUGAACUACACCAUGGAAGAGAAUCUGAACCUGAGCCUGAGUCUGAACAGCACCAAGGAAGAAAAUCAAAAACUGAGCCUGAGUCUGAGCUACUCCAUGGAAGAAAAUCAGAGACUGAGCCGAAGACUUAACCACACCAUGGCAGAAAAGUCACAGCUUCAAGUGCAGAUUGAGGAGAUGAAAAUCAUAUUGAAUUCUACUAUGGAAAACCGUGACUCUUUCAGAAAAGACAAAAUCAAAUAUCAACAGCUUUUGAUCAAUGAAAGGCAGACCUCAACUCAACUAAAAGCUGAAAAUCAACGUCAACAAUCAAUUCUGAUGUCGGAGAAACUAUCUUUCCUCUGGAGAUUCUGUGAUAAAGGCACCCUGCAAUGUUCACGCUGCCUUCCUGGUUGGGCUGAGCACGCCACACGCUGCUUCCAUUUGGCAUCACAACCAAUGAAGUGGGAAGAUGCUCGUAGGGAGUGUUUUAAUGAAGGUGCUGACCUGGCUGUUGUCUUGAAUGCUGCAGACCAGGCAUUUCUGACCAACAUGACUUUCCAGUUUACACAGCAGCAUCCAAAUGUACUGUUCCAUUCAGCAUGGAUCGGGUUGCAGGACAUGGUGCAGGAUAACAGAUUUGUGUGGGUAAAUGGUAUCAAGUCCAAGUCAGAUUUGAAGUUCUGGAUGCCUGGAGAGCCAAACAAUGCUGCGGCUCAAUGGGACAAAGACCGUGCAGGACAGGACUGUGUUGUCAUUGUCCCUCCAAAGACUGUUGGACAGAAAGGCUGGCUGAACUCCUGGGAUGAUGUUGUCUGUCGAGGCCAGCGGCACUACAUUUGUGAAACCAAAGCUCUUAUUUUGUCUGGAGUAAAAACUGAGGAAUGA